UUACCUACCACUACACAUAUGUGUAUAUAACAAUAGCAAGCCAAUACCACAUGACGCAUGUGCAACGAGAUCAAAACACAAACACAUGGAGAGGCAUCAUCUUACAAGAAUGUACAGCCACCACGUGACCAACAACAACAAGCCAAUACCACAUCACGCAUAUACAACGUGAUCAACAUACAGACACAUGGAGAGGCAUCAUCUUACAAGAAUGUACAGCCACCACGUGACCAACAACAACAAGCAUGACAUUAUCCAAGAUGCCACGCCACCGGAAUUAGCCAAUCGGAAGACGAUACGAGUUGACUGCACUGCUAUAAAAGCGUGACGCGCAUACAACUCUUGUCCUCAGUUUGAACAGAAAUUCAGACAUAAUAAGUUAUAAUAUUUUGUGUAGACUAAUAUUAAACAUUUAAAUAAAGGAACCUUCGAGGAAUCGAAGGAAAAUAUAUUUUUAAAGAAUAAUUAAAAACUAUUCUUAAUUCGGGCCACCUACUAAAGCAAAGCUAGAUCAACUAUGUAUGGAGAUGAUAGCAAUUGAUCUGAAACCUUUUUCUUGUGUAGAAGAUAAAGGUUUUCGAAGAUUAUUAAAAAGACUCGAUUCUACAUAUGAUACGCCAUCAAGUACUACUUGCUCCCGUAGUCUCUGUCAAUCAAAAUCAAACAAAAAUUGAUGGACGAAUUGCAGAAUGAUAUAGCAUCUGGCUUAAUGAGUUUAUCUUUCACUACUGAUGGCUGGAAGUCAAGAUCUGCGCAUUAUUACUUAUCAUUAACUGUACAUUACAUGACAAGUAAUUUUCAAUUGAAAAAUUUAAUGAUUGGCCUAACGCAACUUGAAGAUCGUCACACAGGAAAUUAUAUUAAAUUAAAAUUUGAAGAAAUGAUGUUGGAAUGGAAUUUAUUAGAUGUUCCUAAUGUUCCAAUUUUGUUUACUACUGACAAUGGUGCUAACAUCUGUAAUGCUAUCCGUCAAAGUAGUUGGAAUCACAUCCAUUGUUUUGCGCAUACACUUCAACUGGUUAUAAAAGAUUGCCAAAAACACACCAAAGGAAUUGAGAAAUUAUUAAAAAAGGCACGACAUAUAACAACACACUUCCACCAAUCUGACCCGGCUCGACGAGACUUUGAGAAUGCUCAAAAGGUUUCAAGUGAUAAAACACCAUUAAAAUUAAUUCAAUCAGUACCAACUCGCUGGAAUUCGGAUUACGAUAUGCUCGAGCGCAUGAAAAAAUUGCAGCAACCAUUAUCUGUUGCGCUUUCGCGAAGUGCAAGUGUAACUGGAUUGUCUGGCACUGACUGGAAGAGAAUCAGUGAUAUUAUUAACGUCUUAGAUCCUUUGAAUGAGGCCACUAAAAUUUCUUGUGGAUCAAAAUACCCGACGAUCUCUAUGAUUGAGCCAAUCAUUCAAGGGAUGAAAGAAGCUCUAGAAAAUCUAAAUUUCGAUCACGAGACAAACGUUGGUCUAAAUAACUUUAAUGAUGAAGGUAGUGAUUACGAUGAUAAUAAUAAUGAUGAGGACUUAGAAAUUUCAACGUGUGAAAACGAAUCUCAGAUGCCCAUGGGGUUUUGUGAGAUCGAACAAGAUACAUACGUUAUAUCGUAA